UCUUAAGUGGCCGCGGAGAGUCCAGGGCCGCUUCCCCGGGGAAGGGGGCACUGGAGAAGCCCGGAGGUGGGGGUCUGCGCGAGGUGACUGAGGCUGUGAGAGUUGAGGCCGGCGCUGCUGGCGGCGGCGGCUGCGCGGUGAACUAGGCGGCCUUCGCGGUGGGGCACGGAGCCCCGAUCCCCGGCCCGGUCGCGCUCGCGGAUCCUCAGCCCCGGGAUCCGACUCUGGCCCCGGCCCCAGCCCAGAGCAGCCAGGGACGGAUGGCGCGGGACGGCCGGCGCCCGCAGCGCUGAGCCCUGCGCGGGCCAUGGCCGCGGCGUGCGGGGCGCCGGGCCCGGGGGGCGCCGGGUCCGGGGGCGCGCUGGGCAGCCCGGCCCCCGCCUGGUACCACCGCGACCUGAGCCGCGCCGCCGCCGAGGAACUGCUGGCUCGGGCGGGCCGCGAUGGCAGCUUCCUGGUCCGCGACAGCGAGAGUGUGGCGGGGGCCUUCGCGCUCUGCGUCCUAUAUCAGAAGCAUGUGCAUACUUACCGCAUUCUGCCUGAUGGAGAAGACUUUCUGGCCGUGCAGACCUCGCAGGGCGUGCCUGUGCGCCGCUUCCAGACGCUGGGUGAGCUCAUCGGCCUGUAUGCCCAGCCCAACCAAGGCCUCGUGUGUGCCCUGCUGCUGCCUGUGGAGCGGGAGCGGGAGCUGGACCCCCCAGAUGACCGUGACGCCUCAGAUGGGGAGGAUGAGAAGCCCCCACUGCCCCCACGCUCUGGCUCCACCAGCAUUUCUGCUCCCAUGGGGCCCAGCAGCCCCCCGCCAGUCCCCGAGAGCCCUGCAACUCCAGCUGCUGAGAGUGCCCCCAAUGGGCUGAGCACUGUCUCGCACGAGUACCUGAAGGGUAGCUAUGGGCUGGACCUGGAGGCCGUGCGGGGUGGAGCCAGCAACCUGCCUCACCUCACCCGCACCCUCACCACCUCAUGCCGGAGGCUGCACAGUGAGGUAGACAAGGUCCUGUCAGGCCUGGAGAUCCUGUCCAAGGUGUUUGACCAGCAGAGCUCACCUAUGGUGACCCGCCUUUUGCAGCAGCAGAGCGCACCGCAGACUGGGGAGCAGGAACUAGAGAGCCUGGUGAUGAAGUUGUCGGUGCUAAAGGACUUCCUGUCUGGUAUCCAGAAGAAGGCCCUGAAGGCCCUGCAGGACAUGAGCUCCACAGCACCCCCAGCUCCACAGCAGCCAUCCACACGUAAGGCCAAGACCAUCCCUGUGCAGGCCUUCGAGGUGAAGCUGGAUGUGACCCUGGGUGACCUGACCAAAAUUGGGAAGUCACAGAAGUUCACGCUGAGCGUGGAUGUGGAGGGUGGGCGGCUGGUGCUGCUGCGGAGGCAGCGGGACUCGCAGGAGGACUGGACAACCUUCACGCACGACCGCAUCCGUCAGCUCAUUAAGUCCCAGCGUGUCCAGAACAAACUGGGUGUUGUGUUUGAGAAGGAGAAGGACCGGACCCAGCGCAAGGACUUCAUCUUUGUCAGUGCCAGAAAGCGGGAGGCCUUCUGCCAGCUGCUACAGCUCAUGAAGAAUAAGCACUCCAAGCAGGAUGAGCCCGACAUGAUCUCUGUUUUCAUAGGCACCUGGAACAUGGGAAGUGUGCCACCUCCGAAAAACGUGACAUCUUGGUUCACAUCGAAGGGUCUUGGGAAGGCCCUUGAUGAGGUCACAGUGACCAUACCGCAUGACAUCUAUGUCUUUGGGACCCAGGAGAACUCGGUGGGCGACCGCGAGUGGCUGGACCUACUGCGCGGGGGCCUUAAGGAACUCACAGAUCUGGAUUACCGCCCGAUUGCCAUGCAGUCCCUGUGGAACAUCAAGGUGGCUGUGCUGGUCAAGCCUGAGCACGAGAACCGCAUCAGUCACGUCAGUACCUCCAGCGUGAAGACUGGCAUCGCCAACACCCUGGGGAACAAGGGAGCUGUGGGUGUCUCCUUCAUGUUCAAUGGUACCUCGUUUGGGUUUGUGAACUGCCACCUCACUUCAGGAAAUGAGAAGACUGCUCGGCGAAACCAGAACUACCUGGACAUCCUGCGGCUGCUCUCGCUGGGCGACCGGCAGCUCAGUGCCUUCGACAUCUCUCUGCGUUUCACUCACCUUUUUUGGUUCGGGGACCUAAACUACCGCCUGGACAUGGAUAUCCAGGAGAUCCUGAACUAUAUCAGCAGGAAGGAGUUUGAGCCCUUGCUCAGGGUGGACCAGCUCAACUUGGAGCGGGAGAAGCACAAGGUCUUCCUUCGAUUCAGUGAGGAGGAGAUCUCCUUCCCACCUACCUACCGUUAUGAGCGGGGUUCCCGGGACACGUAUGCCUGGCACAAGCAGAAGCCAACUGGGGUCCGGACCAAUGUGCCCUCAUGGUGUGACCGGAUUCUGUGGAAAUCCUACCCUGAGACCCACAUCAUCUGCAAUUCCUAUGGUUGCACCGAUGACAUAGUCACCAGUGACCACUCCCCUGUGUUUGGAACAUUUGAAGUUGGAGUAACCUCUCAGUUCAUCUCCAAGAAAGGACUCUCGAAGACUUCAGACCAGGCCUACAUUGAGUUUGAGAGCAUCGAGGCCAUUGUGAAGACUGCCAGCCGCACCAAGUUCUUCAUUGAAUUCUACUCCACCUGCCUGGAGGAGUACAAGAAGAGCUUUGAGAACGAUGCCCAGAGCAGUGAUAACAUCAACUUCCUCAAGGUGCAGUGGUCCUCACGCCAGCUGCCCACGCUAAAGCCCAUUCUGGCUGACAUCGAGUACCUGCAGGAUCAGCACCUCCUGCUUACAGUCAAGUCCAUGGACGGCUAUGAAUCCUACGGGGAGUGCGUGGUUGCACUCAAGUCCAUGAUUGGCAGCACAGCCCAGCAGUUCUUGACCUUCCUGUCCCACCGGGGCGAGGAGACAGGCAACAUCCGUGGCUCCAUGAAGGUGCGGGUGCCCACGGAGCGCCUGGGCACCCGUGAACGCCUCUAUGAGUGGAUCAGCAUUGAUAAGGACGAGGCAGGAGCAAAGAGCAAAGCUCCCUCCGUGUCACGGGGCAGCCAGGAGCCCAGGUCGGGGAGCCGCAAGCCAGCCCCCGCAGAGGCCCCCUGCCCUCUGUCCAAGUUAUUCGAAGAACCGGAGAAACCGCCACCAACGGGGAGGCCCCCAGCUCCACCCCGAGCAGCUCCCCGGGAGGAGCCCCUGACCUCCAGGUCCAAGCCAGAGGGGGCUCCAGAGCUGGAAGGGGUUGUGGCCCCUCCACCCAAGAACAGCUUCAACAACCCUGCCUACUACGUCCUUGAGGGGGUCCCGCAUCAGCUGCUGCCCCCGGAGCCACCCUCACCUGCCAGGGCCCCAGUCCCACCUGCUGCCAAGAACAAAGUGGCCAUCACAGUGCCUGCCCCUCAGCUUGGGUGCCACCGGCCCCCUCGUGUGGGAGAGGGCAGCUCAUCAGAUGAGGAGUCCGGGGGCACACUGCCCCCUCCAGACUUUCCACCCCCACCGCUGCCGGACUCGGCCAUCUUCCUGCCCCCUAGCCUGGAUCCUUUGCCAGGCCCAGUGGUCUGGGGCCGCAGUGGGGGUGAGGCCCGGGGUCCACCACCUCCCAAGGCCCACCCAAGGCCCCCACUGCCCCCAGGCCCCUCACCUGGCAGCACUUUCCUGGGGGAGGUAGCCAGUGGGGAUGACCGCUCCUGUUCCGUGCUGCAAAUGGCUAAGACACUGAGUGAAGUGGACUACGCCCCUGCUGGGCCUGGCCGCUCGGCGCUCCUCCCAAGUCCCCUGGAGUUGCAGCCGUCCCGGGGACUGCCCUUGGACUAUGGCCGGCCCCUCAGCUUCCCUCCACCCCGCAUCCGGGAGAGCAUCCAGGAGGACUUGGCAGAGGAGGCUCCAUGCCCGCAGGGCGGGCGGGCCGGCGGGCUGGGCGAAGCGGGCAUGGGUGCCUGGCUGCGGGCCAUCGGCUUGGAGCGCUAUGAGGAAGGCCUGCUGCACAAUGGCUGGGACGACCUGGAGUUUCUCAGCGACAUCACUGAGGAGGAUCUGGAGGAAGCUGGGGUGCAGGACCCGGCUCACAAGCGCCUCCUCCUGGAUACUCUUCAGCUCAGCAAGUGAUGGCAAAGGCCAAGAAGCUGCGGGCUCAGCGCCUCCCGGGCUCCCAGGAAGGCCCAGCCAUAGCCCCGGGGUUGAAAAGAUAGGAGGGGCGGGGCAGUGCUUUUCUGCCUAUUUAUUGGGGAGCCACGUUCCCCACUGCCCAGUCAGUUGGAGGGCCCUGAUUGGGACAUCCAGCCCCCCCACCUUACAGGCCCAGGGCUUGGGAGAUCAGUUGUCACGGUUACCAGGAGUCUUGGUUACUUUGGUGCUGUCCUCCCUUUCUGUACCCCUCCUCCCAGCCCCAGGGGUGCCCGUGUGUGAGGGGAUAAGUUGGGUACGUCAGGGCCCCCAUUUUCACCGCUGUUUCUGUUGCCCUUCGUGGGGCCCGAACCACAAGGGGAGGGGGUCAGCUAGGGCCUCCCCCUAGUCCCCCUGCUCUGGGGGUGUCCGUCCGGAUAUUAUGGACGUUCAGAGAUGAAGGAACAGCCUGAGGACUGGGCUGAGGUUUAUUUAAACUUUUCCGCGUGGGUCUGGGGAGGGAGGGCACCUUAAUCUUAUUGGGGUCGGUUGGGGGGUGGGGAUAGGCUCUCAGCCAUAUAAUGGCAGUUUGCUUGGUUCUCGCUGGGGCGGGUCUAAACCUCCCUGCGCUGGGCAAGCAUGGCAAGCGAGUCCGGGGUGCCUCGCUAGUGGCAACUGGGGACAGGGCUCUUGCAGCGACCCUGUCCCCAUCCUGGGCACGCAGAAGGCCGCCCGCAUAUCUUCAAUAAAUUAAGUUUUAUUUGACUCGA